UUUUCUGUUACUUGAGCUUCUUAUUUUUCUCAUAGGAGUAAUGGAUCGCCUUUGGUUUCACCAAAUCGUUUUUUUCUCGGAAUGCACAGCAUCAGUCUCCCCAAAAGACGUAGAAGUAGCUCUGCUCAUAUCAGAAUCUUUAUCUUUCCCGUCUCUACUUCCUCCACCGGAUGAACUACUAGAAAAUUCAACGAAGGAACCACUUUCUCCCGAGAGUCAAGUCUCUUCAAAGACAGUCUCUCAAAAUAUGCAGGAUGAUUCAAACAAGGUAGGACUUCGGGGGAGACCUAAAACAGUGAACCUAUCGAGGAAUAGUGUUCGUUUGCAUUCAUCGUCAUCCUCGACUCCAAAUGGUCACAUGCAGUUCAGGAAACUGGCUACUGCAAGGAGACUGCAAAAGUCUAUGAGUUACAGAACGCAGGGGGAGCUAGAGCUUGAAGAAGUGAAGGGCUUUAUAGAUCUGGGUUUCAUAUUCAAGAAAGAAAAUGUGAGCGCACGAAUGAUGAACGUCGUCCCCGGCUUGCAGAGACUUAGCAUGCAUCGAAAUAAAGCGGACAAGGAACUAAUCGAUGCCUCAAAAGAAGUCGAAGAUGACAGUUUUGAAAAAGAAGAAGACAAAAGCAAUGUAGGAAUCACAAGACCAUAUUUAUCGGAGGCGUGGCUUAUAAAGAGACCAGAUUCGCAGCUACUAAAUCUCAAAAUUCCCAGGCUAUGUUCAGCUGCUGACAUGAAGAAGCAUCUUCGGUUUUGGGCUAAGACCGUAGCCUUCGAAAUUGACCAAGAAUGAAUCAUUCUGCUCAGUACAGUAACAACCAAGAAAUCGAUAUAAAGACAGAUGGAGCAGAAACUGAUAGUUCGUAGGCUGUAUUGAAUAUGAGACACAUGCAUUCGUAACUUCAAAAUUGUAUGUAUGUUCACCAAGCAUAAUAAGAGAGACGGUGCGAUUGUCA